GCCAGGGGCACCUGUGUGGGUCUAUGCGGUUACUCAGGACCUCUGAGAGUUUGGGACUUGGUCACAAGGAAACCUGGUGGCUGAGGGGACUGGAGGUUAGGCAGUCAGCUGUAAGGACCACCUAGGACAGUCUAAUAUCCGAGGGUGGGCUCCUGGGACUCAGACGUUCUGAUGCUGGGGUACAGGGCCCCCGGGUGUUCAGACAAUGAGUGCAGGUGUCUGGUGUCCAGGUGAGCAGCGUUCAGGUGCAGAAUUGCCAAGGAGCGUGAGGCAGCAGGAGCGCGUCCCCAGGGAACGGGUAGAAGCCACUCCGCCCCAAGAGCGUCCGCAGGUCCUCAGGGCACAGGGACGACCCAGACCUGCUCAGAAGACGAGCCAGCGCUCAGACUCACGGGGUGCAGGGACCCAGGUGCCCAGACUGGGUACAGAGACUCACUCAGGGUAAUGGGGUGCAGAGACUAGACUCACUCAAGCUAAUGGGGUGCAGAGACUAGACUCACUCUGGCUAAUGGGGUACAGAGACUAGACUCACUCGGGCUAAUGGGGUACAGAGACUAGACUCACUUGGGCUAAUGGGGUACAGAGACUGGACUCAGAAUAAUCGGGGUAUGGGGCAUGGGGACGAGACUGAGGCCAGUGGGGUGCAGGGACCAGACGCUGGGCCUCUCUGGAGCAGGAAACCAGCCUGGGUCGUGCUCGGCUCCUGUGGGCUCAGGUACACAGUCCAGACCCCUGGGCGGCUCGGGGUGGGCAGGCGGCCCAGCACUCUAAUGAAUGGUGCACAGAGAGCAGAGACAAGGGUGAAUGGGACACAUACAGCCGUGCGAGGGACGGGCACAAGGCGUCCAAAACCACAGGAAGAGGGCACCGGCCCCUGGGCCCUGGGCCCGCGAGCUGUGUCAAUGGGGGAUUCAGUGGGCUCAACAAGCCGGUACAGGCUGUCCAGGGCCCUGGCGACCAUAGAAUAGAGUCCUGUUCCCCAGCUGACGGGGCCAGCUCACCCAGGCUGUGAGGGCACUCAGGUGACCAGGACACGUGCCCCAGGUAUUCACAAGUGGGGUCAGAGACAUGGACUCUCGGGGUCCCCGGGUGAACAGGGAGCCUGGGACAAAGUGGGGGGGCUCACACAAAUCUCCAGAAGGGGGCUCUGGGACCUCAGCGCCCCCAGACCCCCAGGAGGUGGAGCAAGUAAGGGAGGUAGAGACCCCCAUCCAGCUGGUGAGUGGGUUCCAGCCAGCAGAUGAUGGGUAGGUGCCACCAGACCUUCAGGGAAAUGGGGUUCACCUGGACACCCCAAGGAGUGGUAUGCACGUCCUAAGAGCCCAGGUUCUCAGAACACGGGCACCACGCCCAAAGGACCAGAACACAGUGUCACAGUCAGAGUGGGGAGCAGGUACCGAUGCUCCGACCAUGGGGUGCAGCCUCUCCCAAAGAUGGGGUACAGUUCCUAUGUGGUCGGAUAAUAGGGUAACCUCCCUGGGUGCUCGGGUGAUGGGCAAAUUCUUCCCUGGUGCCUGGAAGAUGGGGUUCAGUUUACCUGGGAUGUUGGAAUGUUGGGGUACAGCCUCCCAGGUGAGCAGAGCAGGGACAAUCUGAGUCAGAGGUGACUGGGGCACCCACAGUGGUCUCAGGGUGCAGAGGACAGGGCCCGCUGAGCACGCCCAGGCCAUCCUGGGCUCCAGGAGAAGGGGCACCCGGGCAGUCGGGGUGCACAGCAGGUCAGCACAGGCGGAGAGCACGCGUGCUGAGCUAGCACGUCCCACACAUCUGUGCCAGCAGCUCCCGGCUCCCCGGCCAGUGUCUGCCUUGUGUUCCAACCUCAAACAUUCCCCAGGCGCCCUCAAAGGAAGAGCCCCCGUCCAGGAGCCCCGCCAGGGUCUCCACGGGGCUGCUGGCUGCCAAGCCGCCGUCUCGGGGGCCGAGGGGCUGGCCGCGGGGUGGUCGCAGGCUGCCAGCUCUGUUUGGUUUUCUCCUUCCUGCCCAGGAACCUCAGACGCCGUCUCGCCACGGAGGCGCCCUCAUCCUGGGGAGGCACAAAGCCCUACACAGCCAGCCUGGGGAGCGGCUCAGGGGGCUCUAGUCUGCUGUGCUCUGGGCCCCUCGUGUCCCCUAAAGCACAGGCGCCUGCUUGCUGAGGUGCCCUGUGGCCUGCCCUGAGAUGGGCGCCUCCUGGGUUAGCUGCUUCCAAGCCCCCCUCACCCCCUCACCCCAGCUAGGUCAGCGUGGAGGAUGGGGACGCCCACGUGGCAGGACCCAGUGUCACAGCCACACAGGCACAACUCCCGGCCCCCGCAGCCCAAACGCCCUGGUCCCGGGCCCUGCCGGUGCAGCAGGUUCUGUGUUAAGCAUUAACCAGCCCACGGCUCACUGCCAGCAGCAGAUAAGGGGCUGGUGAAUCACCCUGGCCUGGGACCUGGAGGGACUGGACCAGAUUAGCUGGCCAGAGCACAGUGGGGGAGCUCGGAUGUGCAGGCCCCACUGAAGCGGCACCAUCGAGGACAGACUGCAGGGAGGGCUGCGGUCCACUGGCUCCCCCCGGCCAUCCAGAUGAGGGCUGCUCGUUGGGAAACCAAGAGCUCAAGGGACCGGGGCAAAGCACAGACAGGAUGGCCUCCACAAAGCUCCCUGGUCCCGGAAGCUGGGUGGCAGCAGGACCAAGCAGGCACACGGACCCCUGGGAGAGCUCCACCCAGCAUGGCUCAGGGCGGCCCCAGCCCGAGGGCCUGCAGACCCCUGCCCCGCUCCCACCCUCCUCACGCUUGGUGGGGUGCAGCCAGCAGUGCCGGAAGGCUGCCCCAUGACUCAGCAGCCCCUCGGAGGGCCAAGCCUGCACAAGUCUGCCCCCCCCCCCAGGUCAGCCGGCUGGGCCCAUCACUCCGCUCGAAAAGCCUGUGGGGCUCAGGACACCUCCAGCCCUGAGGGUCCCCUGGAAAUAGGCUGGGGCCCAGACACCCAGCCCAGGCUUUGGGGGAGCCUUCCUCCCCGGAUAGUUUUCUGGCUCCUGAGGGCCAGCAGUUCCGGCCACGAGGUGGGGCUCCCCGAAGCCCUGCCUCCCACACCCUUUCCUCCCCACUGAGCUUUCCUGAUCACUAGAGGCAGAGGGAGCACUGGGCUCCGGCCACAGGCUGCAAGUGGGCCUGGCCUCUUGGUGUCCAGGGUCUGAGAGGAAGGCCUGAGGCCGGCUAGCCAAGGAAGUGUUGGGCAUCAGGUGAGAGGCCGCACACUUGGGGUCCGCCAGCAGACCGUGGGGAGAUCUUGCACACAGAGGGCGUCCAACGUCUCAGUUGACUGGUGGUGGAGGACAGUGGUCAGCAAAUCCUGCCCCUGGCCACCCCAGCCUCCUCCUUGACCAGGCAGCCCCUGUUCUGCUACUGCCUGGCAAAUGGGGAGACAGGCCGGAGCCGAGUGGCCACUUCUCCCAGGUGACCUGGCCGCCGUGACCAUCUCGCAGGGCAGGAGGAUGGGGCACCCACCUGGUCCCUCCAGCCCCCUGGCCCCAGCUGGCACCACAGCUACGCCAGGGCUCAUUCCGGACCUCAUCGCUGGGAUCCCCUGGCCCCGCUGGGCACUCAUCCUUGUGGCCCUGGCUGCCAGUGCCCUCACUGUGUCCUGUCUGCUGUGUGCCUUCUGUUGCUGCCGUCGCCGCCACAAGAAACAGCCCCGAGACAAGGAGGCCGUGGGCCUGGGCAGUGCCCGCAGCAGCACCACCACCCACCUGGUGCAGCCAGAUGUGGACAGACUGCAAGGCAACCCGGAGGACCCUCGACAGUGGGGUCGCCUGCAGCUCUCCCUGGAGUAUGACCUGGGGAGUGAGGAGGUGAAGGUGGGCCUGAAGCAGGCAGCCGACCUGAGGGCGGGGGGCACAGCAGACCCCUAUGCCCGCGUCAGCGUCUCCACUCAGCCCAGGCACGGGCACGAGACGAAGGUGCACCGCGGUACGCUCUGCCCCGUGUUUGAGGAAACCUGCUGCUUCCACGUCCCGCAGGCAGAGCUGCCUCGGACCACCCUGCACGUGUGGCUGCUGGACUUCCAGCCCUUCUCGGAGCACCGGCCCCUGGGGGAGCUCCACUUGCCACUGGGAGCUGUGGACCCGCAGCAUGUGCUGGAACGCUGGUACCAGCUGGGCCCGCCGGGUCCCCAGGAGCCCGAGCAGAACGGGGAGCUGUGCUUCUCGCUGCGGUACGUCCCCGGCUCAGGCCGCCUGACAGUGGUUGUGCUGGAGGCCCGAGGCCUGAGUCCAGGACUGGCAGAGCCCUACGUGAAGGUCCAGCUCAUGGUGAACCAGAGGAAGUGGAAGAGGAGAAAGACCUCUGCCAGGAGGGGCGCGGCCAGCCCCUACUUCAACGAGGCCUUCACCUUCCUGGUGCCCUUCAGCCAGAUCCAGAGCGUGGACCUGGUGCUGGCUGUCUGGGCUCACGGUCUGCGUUUCCGAGCUGAGCCUGUGGGCAAGGUGCUGCUCGGCUCCCGGGCCUCCGGCCAGCCUCUGCAGCACUGGGCAGAUAUGCUGGCCCAUGCCCGGCGGCCCAUUGCUCAGUGGCACCGUUUGAGGCCUGCCAGGGAGGUGGACAGCAUCCUGGCCCUGCGGCCCCGACUGCACCUACCACUCUCCGGCUCCUGACAGCACCCUGAGCUUCAGUCUCCAGCCCACUCCCAGGAACCCCCUGUAAUAAACACCUUCUUUCCACCA